CGCCGUCACCGACGAGAUCGCGGCUGGGAGGCGCAGCUGGCGCGACGGCUUCGACGACAUCAAGGCACGGGAAACCCUCGCCUCGCUCUGCUCGGGUGCUGCCUGCCAGGCCCCGCGGCCAUCCUCAGCACCAUGGUGAGGAAUGUGGACGACUUUGACUUCUGCCUGCCUUCACACGCCCAGGGCGUGCUGGAGGGGCUGCAGCAGCUGCGCACCAACCCUAAACUGGCCGAUGUGACACUGGUGGUGGGUGGGCAGGAGUUCCCUUGCCACCGUGGCGUCCUGGCCCUCUGCAGCCAUUACUUCUAUGCCAUGUUCUCUGGAGACUUUGCCGAGAGCAUCGCGGCGCGGGUGGAGCUGAAGGAGGUAGAUCCCAGCGCACUGGAGAUGCUGCUCAACUUCGCCUACACAGGGAAGGUCACCAUCAACCAGGGCAACGUGGAGGGGCUGAUGCGGACCUCCAGCCAGCUCCACUUCCCUGCUAUCCAGAAGGUCUGCAGCCGCUACCUCCGGCAGCAGAUGGACGCCACCAACUGCCUAGGUAUCUGUGAGUUCGGUGAGAGCCACGGCUGCCCUGAGGUCUCCUCCAAGGCUUGGUCUUUCUUGCAGGAGAACUUUGAAGCCGUCUCUCUGCAGGAGGAGUUCCUCCAGCUCUCCAAGGAGAGGUUGGCCACCUACCUCUCCAAUGACCAGCUGCAGGUGCAGGAGGAACGUAGCCUGGUCGAGGCUGUGCUACGCUGGGUACGCCACGACCCGGGGCCCCGAGCUCAGUUCCUGCCCGAGCUGCUGGAGCUGACCCACCUGGUCUCGCUGCCUGACCAGUACCUGCAGAACCUACUUGACACUGAGCCCCUUGUGCGUGACUCAGAUGCCAUCAAGGCCCUCGUCGCUCGAUCCUGCACCAUGGGGCAGAGCAACACUGGUGCCCCGAAGAACGCCCCAACCCCACCACAGAAGCUGGAGGAGGUGCUGGUGGUGGUUGGUGGCCGCGUGCUGGAGGAUAGUGAAGAUGAGGGGAGGGAGCUGGAGAUGCCAGCUGCUUCCAGGAACUUUGCCUUCUACAACCCCAAAAGUAAGCGAUGGAUGGCUCUGCCCGACUUCCCUGAUUACAACAAAUGGGGCUUUUCCCUGGUGACUCUGAACAACGAUGUGUAUGUCACAGGCGGCUCCCGGGGGUCCCAGAAUGAUACGUGGUCAACGACCCAGGCAUGGUGCUUCUGCCCCAGGGACGGCCUCUGGAAGCCCAUCGCUUCCAUGCUGAGAGCCCGGACAAACCACACCAGUGCUGUCCUCAAUGGUGAGAUCUACGUCAUUGGGGGGACGACGGUGGACGUGGUGGAGGUGGAGCGCUAUGACCCCUACAACAAGAGCUGGUGUGCCAUCAGCCCAGCCCUCAAGUACGUGAGCAAUUUUGCAGCCGCCAGCUGCUCGGGCAAGCUCUACCUGGUGGGCUCCUGUGCCGUCAAGUACAAUGCGCUCACCCUGCAGUGCUACAACCCUGUCCAAGAUUUGUGGAGUGUGAUCACAUCCCCCUUCAUCCCCAAGUACCUCUCGGCCCCACGCUGUGCCACCCUGCGCGGGCUCAUCUACCUUAUUGGGGACAACACCAAGAAGGUCUACGUGUACAACCCGGAGGCCAACAUCUGGCAAAAGGUGCAGCUCCUGCAUGUGCUCCAUGAGAACGGUGGGAUGGUGGCACUGGGCGACCGUCUCUUUGUCACUGGUGGCCACUGGAAGGGCAUGGAUGGGGACUACCGGGUAGAAAUGGAGGUGUAUGACUGCGCCAAGGAUCUCUGGACACGGGAGGGCUCCCUGCCCUGCCUCUGGCUCUUCCACAGCUCCUCCUCCAUCUUCAUGGACACCUCCAAGUGGACAGAGGCUUUCCAGAGUGACCAUGGGUGGUAGGAGAGCCCAUCACCCUAUGUGGCCGCGCUCCCCUCUCGCAUCUCCCUGCGGCCUGUUCAGCCCCGUGAGGGGGGAUGGAAAGCCCUCUGCCAGGCUGGCUGGGGCAGCAGGAGUGUGUUUCCCCACCACUGCAGGGAAAAGGCUUUUCCUUAUAAACACGCUUUGGCUAAUGCUCUCUUC